CACCGAACCCACCUGCCGGUGAGCUAUGAGGGGUGCGCGGCCAGGGAAGGGCAGCCGCCGGCCUCCUUCCCCAUCCGGGGCGCCGGGGGUUGCGACGGCGGCUGGGCACUUCCGGGUCCGCCACAACCUGCCGCCGCCCGAGGCCUCGCGAGGUCGCUGCUGCCCCCUCCUGGCCUCUCGGAGGCCCUGCGCGCUCCUCUUCCCGGAGACCGGCAGGCUCAGCGCCUAGGAGAGCAAGUCCGCAGCAGAAAGACCAGGAAUUGCCAGGCAAAUAGCUGGCCUUCUGUUCCAAAAUUUGACAAGGUUCCUUGGCUUAGUGAGGCCAGCCUCGUAAACAAGCCACUAGUGCUGAGCCUCCCCAAAAGAUCUCCUCAAUCCUCUGCCAGUUUUCCAACUUUAUCCAAGAAGGAUGGGAAUUUGCCAAUUUUGUUUCAAGUUCCAGAUGUAUUAUCUAAGGCCAGGAGGAAGCAGAAUCACUCCACGCUUCUCAGAAACAAAUGGCUGUGCUCCACGUGUCGAGAAAUCACCACAGUACAACCAAGAACAAUGAAAAUUCCAGAUACUCUGAAACUAUCCUUUGAGAAUUUUAUGCGUCACAAAAUGAUGAGACUCCAUUACCCCAGAUCCCAGACUCCACUCAAAUCUUCCCAGGAUGACAUCUCAACAGAGAGCAUUCACUACAGACUGCCCCUUCGGGGCCCCAGGACAUCUGUCUUCCAGGGACUGCUGUCAGAUGCCUACGAAGGUUUGCAGGCUAUGCAACCUUCUUCCUUGCCCAAAAAGGAAGCAAGGGGGAAGACAAGGAGGCACUGAGGAGUCGGAGCUCAUCACCUCCAGACUCCUGGAGAGAAAACAAUCCACCCAGCCCCUCUCUGACUUAGUUUUGCCUUCCCAAGAGUUGCUAGUUUUCUAGCUUUUGCCAGCAUCUUCUCCCUCACAUCUCCUAAAGACGAAUGGGCUUAAUUUAUACAAUUAUAAGGAUUUACUGAAUAAACUGGAACAUGGAAAGUG